AGCCAUUCUGAAAAGAUUCUGUGCACUCUGUACCAACUGACUUGCUCUGUUGGGCUGGCCUGUCUGCUUAGAGCAUCCCCAGGUAUUUGCCUAAGCACACUGGAACAAAAAGACCUUCUGGAACUGUGCUCCUCAGCCUUUGAGGUUUGUGGAAACCAUGUGUGCGCCUUCAGUCACUCAUGGGCAUUAUCAUGUGUGCCUGGACAAGGUCUUCCUCUGCCUACCUGUGCACCUGCUUGAUAAUACAAAGCACACCCCUGAAUGCCCUCAAGUGUACAAGCUGUCUGUGCAGAGUUUGGAUAAGAUGAACCAAGCUGUGAGGCACGUGUCCUGAAAUAAGGUUUUGUGCACGAGUGUUCGUACGCUGUCUUCUUGAAUAGUAAUAACCCUGUGUUGCACAGCAUGAUCCUCGUGGGGGGUGCAACGUUUGUACCAUCAACUUUAACAUGGUUAUUUUGCUGUAGAGCCUGAGUACAAUACAUUGCAGGGUAUAACAACAGCAGAACAAAAGGCAACAAAACAAUGCUGGCGUGUAAUGCGGGGUUGAGCAAAAUGAUGAAAGAUAGUCACUGCAUUUGAGCAAAACAUUUUAUGAUGUUCUAGUGUUGAAAUACUUGAUAGGAGGAUUUAAGCCGAAGUUUUGAAGGAAGAGAGGAUCUUUCAAGCAGCAAUGGCUUCACAGAUAAAAGGCAGAAGGGUGCAGGUGGGAUGAUUUAAUGAGUGAACCGAGUGGAGAUUGAAGAUAACGUUAGGGACUAAGCCUCUGGGGUCAUUUUGCAAAGCUUGGCUAUGGAGGGUUAAUCAAUCUGCUAAGCUUGAAAUGGAGCGUGAGGAGAAGGAAAAAUGCAAGGGAUGGUGGAAUUUGUUUGUCUGACUCCCAGGCCACUGGGAUUACAUAUUUCAAAAAGAUGAAAUAGGGUUAUUACAACACCUGGGUGCUGCUGCAUGGUGAAUAGGAAUGCAUCUUAAUUUGUACAGUCUAUAAAUUGCUUUUUCUUCAUGAAAAAUGUGUUUGUUAGUGCUGUUGCAGCAGAAUUUAUGAACUCUCUGUAAAGAAAAAAAGCAACCACUUCUCAGGUGAGGGGGAAAGAAAAGCACCAGGUAUUGUGCUCAAGAAUGCAGUGCUCAAGAAUAGGUAGGGAGGGAUAAAGAAGCUUGCAGUGUAAUCCUGCAGGAUUACAGCUUGCUUUGUCUCUCUGCCCCGUCUCCUAUCAGAUAUCCUAUAGACGGAGGAUGCAGUCACAUGAUUAUUACUGCUUCCUCCCCAUGACAUCAGUGCUUUGCAGCCAUACCACUAAAGAAAGGAUGCUUUUGAAAUCUUUGGGACUGGGCUAAAUGAUGUUGAAUUGCAGACCCUAAUAUGGUUAAUGCAGGAGAAAUGAAUGGUUCUGGCAACCUGAUGGAUUUUCUGGAUGAGCCUUUUCCUGACGUUGGGACUUAUGAAGAUUUCCACACUAUUGACUGGCUGCGAGAGAAAUCACGUGACACUGACCGCCAUAGGAAGAUUACAAGCAAAAGUAAGGAAUCCAUAUGGGAAUUCAUCAAGAGUUUGCUGGAUGCCUGGUCAGGAUGGGUUGUAAUGCUUCUCAUAGGACUACUGGCAGGCACGUUAGCUGGAGUGAUAGAUUUAGCUGUGGAUUGGAUGACAGACCUGAAGGAAGGUGUCUGCCUGUCUGCAUUCUGGUACAGCCACGAGCAGUGCUGCUGGACGUCUAAUGAAACGACCUUUGAUGACAGAGACAAAUGUCCCCAGUGGCAGAAAUGGUCUGAACUUCUUGUAAACCAAUCAGAGGGUGCGAGUGCUUACAUUCUGAACUAUUUUCUGUACAUUCUGUGGGCUCUAUGUUUUGCUUUCCUGGCAGUCUCCCUGGUCAGGGUGUUUGCUCCCUAUGCUUGCGGCUCUGGAAUCCCAGAGAUAAAAACCAUCUUGAGUGGGUUCAUUAUUAGGGGCUACCUGGGAAAGUGGACACUUUUGAUUAAAACAGUCACCUUGGUUCUGGUGGUAUCUUCAGGCCUCAGUCUUGGGAAAGAAGGGCCCUUAGUCCACGUGGCCUGUUGCUGCGGAAACUUCUUCAGCAGCCUUUUCUCAAAGUACAGCAAGAACGAAGGAAAAAGAAGAGAGGUUCUUUCAGCUGCAGCAGCUGCAGGAGUUUCUGUUGCCUUUGGGGCUCCAAUUGGAGGUGUACUUUUUAGCCUGGAAGAGGUCAGCUAUUACUUUCCCCUGAAAACCCUCUGGAGGUCAUUUUUCGCUGCUCUUGUGGCUGCCUUCACACUGAGGUCCAUCAAUCCUUUUGGAAAUAGCCGACUGGUCCUUUUCUACGUGGAGUACCAUACCCCCUGGUACAUGGCUGAGCUCUUCCCCUUCAUUCUUCUUGGCGUCUUCGGUGGCCUCUGGGGGACCCUCUUUAUCCGCUGCAACAUUGCCUGGUGUAGGAGGCGAAAAACCACCAGGCUUGGGAAAUACCCGGUCCUGGAAGUUAUUGUGAUAACAGCCAUCACUGCCAUCAUCGCCUACCCCAACCCGUACACCCGGAGGAGCACCAGUGAGCUGAUCUCAGAGCUCUUCAAUGACUGCGGUGCUCUGGAGUCCUCCCAGCUCUGCGACUACAUCAAUGACCCAAACAUGACCCGGCCAGUGGAUGACAUUCCUGACAGACCUGCUGGCCCUGGAGUCUACACUGCCAUGUGGCAGCUCGCCUUGGCUCUGGUGUUUAAAAUUGUCAUCACAAUAUUCACUUUCGGCAUGAAGAUUCCUUCAGGCCUUUUCAUUCCCAGUAUGGCUGUUGGAGCCAUGGCUGGCAGGAUGGUUGGAAUUGGAGUGGAGCAGUUGGCCUAUCACCAUCAUGACUGGAUCAUCUUCAGGAACUGGUGCAGACCUGGGGCAGACUGCGUCACGCCAGGACUUUAUGCUAUGGUGGGAGCGGCUGCUUGCUUGGGUGGUGUUACUCGAAUGACGGUCUCUUUGGUGGUGAUUAUGUUUGAGCUAACUGGAGGCUUGGAGUAUAUUGUACCUCUUAUGGCUGCAGCUGUCACAAGCAAGUGGGUGGCAGAUGCCUUUGGGAAAGAAGGGAUCUAUGAAGCUCACAUCCAUCUCAACGGUUACCCGUUUCUAGAUGUGAAGGAUGAAUUCACCCACCGAACUCUGGCAACAGACGUCAUGAGACCAAGACGUGGUGAAGCUCCUCUUUCUGUUCUGACACAGGACAGCAUGACUGUGGAGGAUGUUGAGACAUUAAUUAAGGAGACUGACUACAAUGGCUUCCCAGUUGUGGUCUCAAAAGACUCGGAGAGACUUAUUGGAUUUGCACAAAGACGAGAGCUCAUUCUUGCAAUAAAGAAUGCACGACAGCGUCAAGAUGGGGUGGUGAGCAACUCCAUUGUGUAUUUCACUGAAGAUCCUCCAGAACUGCCACCCAACAGUCCCCAUCCUCUGAAGCUGCGGCGUAUUCUCAACCUGAGCCCUUUCACUGUCACUGACCACACACCGAUGGAGACUGUGGUAGAUAUCUUCCGGAAACUUGGACUCCGACAGUGUCUUGUCACUCGCAGUGGGAGGCUGCUGGGUAUCAUAACUAAAAAGGAUGUAUUACGACAUAUGGCUCAAAUGGCAAACCAGGACCCUGAAUCCAUCAUGUUCAACUAGAAUGUUAAAGGAAUAAGAAAGUAAUCCCAAAGGAAUCCUUUCUAGAUUAACACAGAGGUGUUCAAUGUUUCUUUUUAUUUCAAAGGAAAAUGUAAUGUGAAUGAGGAAUGGUCUAAUAGGUCUCUGACAGAGGGCAUGCAUGCAGGAUGGCACUUAUUUAAUGAGGAAGGCAGUUUAGAAGCUCUGAGCAGCUGCAGACAUCAAGCUGUGUUUUCUUAAUGAGUUUCCUAACAGCUCAAUUGGUGCACUGGUGGGUGUAAGUGAUGUGGUGCUGAGAGACAAAGAGCCAGGAGCACGAGAGGGAUGCAUCAACAUUCACAGGAACUCAGGAGGCAGGUGUGAAGACUAGCAGACACUGUUUUUGUAUAAACUGUUAACAAAGAUUUGUGUUCCAAACUAGAGAGUGUGUACGAGCAACGUCAGUUGUUUUUAUUACUGAAACCAUGGCUAUUUAUUUGCUAUUGAUUAAUACCAUUUUCAUGAGGAAAAAAGAAAGUCAUAUUUUAAAGUCCAACAUUUUGUCACCUUCACUUAUUUUUGUAAAAGUUAAGUAAAUUCAGGAGUGAAAUUAAAGGAGCAAGAGCACAUUUCAAUUCACUUUAAAAUAUAGCGGCUGCUGCUCCCCUCUUUAGUCCUUUGAAUUUUACAAUUUAUAUACCUAUACAGUUUAUAAGUAUACAGUUCAAUAUUUCUGUCAAUCAGCUUUUCUUUAUUAAUGUGAAAAUGUGACUUAUUUCUAAGAAGCAUGAGGAAAAACUUCUUUACUGUGAGGGUGAUGGAGCACUGGCACAGCUUGCUCAGAAAGGCUGUGAAGUCUCCUUUCUUUGAAGAUAUUCAAAACCCACCUUGGAUGUGAUCUUGUGCAAUGUGCUUGAGCAGGGGGAUUGGAAUAGGUGACCUUUGAGGUCCCUCCCAACCUCAACCAUUGUGUGUGUGUGAUUUCCUAUUUCUCUAUGCAAUUUUGGGUACAGAUACUGUAAUACUUAGUAUUAUGUGGUUUGCUGUGACAGUAGAAAAAAGCAUGAAAGCAAGCGAAGGAAUUUUAAAAGACACAAAAGGGAGAAUGGUAUCCAGCUCUAAUCAGUGCUGGUGACAAGAGAUUGAAUACUUCACCUGUCACUUCUUGCGUAAAGGGAAAUUGUCAUUUUUCACAGAAUUUGGAAAUUCUGCAUUGAUUCCUGAUUCUCCUCUUAGUUCCUUUCCUUCACUGGCUUUUCUUGACGCUUGUCUGCACCUGCCAAGAGAUUGCUUUAGUUAAUUUAACAACCACAGACAUUUAUUCUGUAGCAUAUUUGUUCUUUAUGCUGCAUCUGCCAGUCAUGGGACUGCAGAAUCCCUCCCCACUGCAUUGUGGAAGGGAUAAGGGAUCAAAUGGACUGAGGAUGUAGCCAACAAUAGAAAGGCUUUAAUUGUUUAUGUGUUUGUAGCAAGAAAACAUGAUUUAACACCCCCACAUAGGGACAUCCAAGCCACUCAGGUAAAAAUGUUACAUUUUCUUAAACCUUUGCUCUAGUCCUGUAUGAGAUACAUGGGGUCAACAUUUUCUGUGUUAACACACUAGCACUUUAGUCAUUACUGAUUUCAGUAAUAGACAACCAAAUUCUACUCUCAGUUACACCUAAUCCAUGCUGCCCAGCGUUUGGUUUGUAAGCUUGAAGAUAAUGAGUGGAUGGUUAUUUAGAUGCUCUGAAUCUCCAUCAGGAGGGCCUUCUGACUGCUCAAAUCUCUGAACAAACCAUUAAUUUAGGCAGUUAUAACCUCUACUAUUUUUGCUUAAAAUUAUACAGAUAACAGAAGCUCGAGUCUACUGCACCCAAAAGGUUUUCAAGGACAGAGAUGAGAAAAUUACGCCAGAAGAACCAGACAAAAGCCAUACUAUUGAGCCAACUUGAAGGCAUGAUCACUGUGUCCCUGAAUUGAGACAACUAGCCAGGUGCACCCUAAGUUAGAUGCCCAAAAUUACAAAUUCCUACUCUUAUCUGCAGAGACCCUGCUUCCUUCUGGCAGGUGUCCUGCUGCAUUCAGAUAAAAUAAAGUAUGGCUCAAAUUGUUUAAGAGAAAGAAAGGGACAGUUUUAAUUUGCCAAGUACAGCAUUUAACAAUAGUGUUUGCAACAGACUUGACAUAAAUACAUGUAGCUCUGACCAAAUCCCAUAAAUAGUGAAGUGUGUAUUCUUUUUGUUAACUGAACAUCUGCAGCAUGAUGUAUUAUUAAAGGCAUAUUGUUAAACGUAAACCAUGGGACUGAGUAACCCUUCUGAAAAUAGGAAACGCAACAUAGUGUUGCUGUUUCUUUUGUUUUGCUACGAAGCAAUCAUCAAUGAAACUCAUAAAAAAGCAACCAAGUUAACCACAAAUCUCAUGAAAACUGGAUUGCAUCAUCUGUAGAGGGAUUUUAAAAUUCAUUUUAAAAAUCAGUGAUUUCCCCAAACUAAACCCAAAUGUAAGGUUCUGCUCCAAAUUACUAGAAUCUAAAUAGACUAACUUCUGGGGGCAACUUUUUUUCUGCAAUUAAAACUGAAAGACUGGGUUUUACUUUUCACUUUUACGGCUCCUAACAUUAACAUAUGCUUGAUGAACACUUUCUCCAUCUCCUUUUAUGUUUAUAUGGGAAGUAAGUAUGCAGACUCUCCCCACUUGAACACUGCUAAAUACCUCUUUUGCUCAUAAGACAAGAGAAAUAAGUUCACUUAUUUGCUAUUUGAAACCAAACUCUGCUUCACAUAUGUCAAGGAAAAAAAGGAGGUCUUAAAGACUUCCGUGUUAUCCAAGCAGAUUUCAAUCCAUGCUCCAUUAGCAUUUAUUCCACAGCAGAGCUAACUCUGAAGAGCAUUCACUAGCAAGUAUUUACUAAGAACGAGGAUACAUCAAUGCUGAAAAAAAAUUGUUUCUUGAAAGAAAGAUUUUGAGUCAGGUAAGAUUAAACUGGUCACGAAUACAAACUCAUUUAGGUAUAGAUAACCCAAGUCUAUCUGUUUAAACUCAGCCCAUAGCCCAUGGCUAUGUACAGGCCAAUUCUCAAUGAUACCCACAGGCCUGAUCCACUAAAAUGAACAGCCCUGUGAUGUUUUCUCAGCUCAUCUUACUGGGCUGUAUAUGAGUAGCCUUAAGAACAAGUUCCAUAAAACCAUCAUGAUGGUUUGUAAGAAACACCAACAGAAAGAACUGCGGCUUUGACUCUACGACCACCACUCAAACAGAAGACAGGGAAACAGGGUUCAGAAACAGCAUAGCAAUAGCUAACUUCAGCUGCUUGGUAUUAUCAAGGCUGAGUUAAGGCUAGAAAGGCAAGAAGACUUUGAAACAGGAGAGGCUUUGCUCAUCAGAAAACUUCCAGAGAUGGUAUUUGGCUGUACCUCCUGUUGAAUUUCCUCCAUGAUACAGUUUUCAUUGCUCAUAUAACUUGAGUGGCUGAAUGAUGAACAUUCCUAAUAGAAAUUAAUUACAUGGUUUUCUCAAGAAAGAAAGAAAGGAAAGAAAGGAAAGAAAGGAAGAAAGAAAUAAAAAAACAGUUCUAAUGUAAUAAUCUUAGGUAAUCUCCCAUAACAAACCCACUAUUAUUUACCAUUUUCCAUCUGUUUUCUCAAAUGCGUCUCAGAAGUCACUGUAGACCCCAAGAGGUACAGACCUCAGCCUUAAGUGUUUGAAUUGAUACAAUUCAAAAUAAUAGUCACAUAGCCUGAUGAAUCUGAAACUUAUACAUAUUAGUGCACAGCGCUUUGUUUGUGCAGCUUGUGAAAUCCUCACGUUCAAACAGUUGGACUUUGAUAAUGUCAAACUAAACAAGAGAGCAAAAACCUUUGAAUGAUGCAAAUUCAGUGCUGUACCUUUGUUUUGCAUGAACUGCGUUCAGUUAUAUUCAGCUUCUGAUGUGUACGUGAAGCAACCUGUACCAGAAGGUUCACUAUUAUAAUGCAGGACGUGGAUGGCUUUGGCCAUAUCCUUUGGCUGUCACAGUGACACUAAUUAUUUAAUUCUUAUGCUUUGAUGAAGCGGAAAAAGAAUGUUUAAGAAUUACAGAGGACACAUGGAUUCCGUGUUGGAAUGACAAUACAGUUAUGAAUAUUGUUUCGUUGUUGUAUUUUUUUUUCUUUCAUUAUGGUAGAAAACAGCAUAUAUGUUGCACCUUAUCAAAAACAAUGUUUGGAAUCUAUUUUUUAAAUAAAACUGAUGACUUACAGAACUGGGAA